GACUUCCGGCCUCGGAGGCCGGCGUCGGCUGUUGCAGACUGCAGCGAGCCCUGGGGUCCCGCGGGUUUUCGGGCGCAGCGUGGCGCCUGCGGCAGGCGGCGGCCAUGAACUUCUCCGAGGUAUUCAAGCUCUCCAGCUUACUCUGCAAGUUCUCCCCGGACGGCAAGUACCUGGCUUCCUGUGUCCAGUACCGGUUAGUGGUCCGGGAUGUGAACACCCUUCAGAUCCUUCAGCUGUACACGUGCCUAGACCAGAUCCAGCACAUCGAGUGGUCGGCAGACUCGCUCUUCAUCCUGUGCGCCAUGUACAAGCGAGGGCUGGUGCAGGUCUGGUCUUUAGAGCAGCCCGAAUGGCACUGCAAAAUAGACGAGGGCUCAGCCGGGCUGGUGGCCUCGUGCUGGAGCCCGGACGGGCGCCACAUUCUCAACACCACGGAAUUCCAUCUGCGGAUAACCGUCUGGUCCUUGUGCACAAAAUCCGUGUCUUACAUCAAAUACCCGAAAGCUUGUCUGCAGGGAAUCACCUUCACCAGGGACGGCCGCUACAUGGCGCUGGCAGAACGGCGGGACUGCAAAGAUUACGUGAGCAUCUUCGUCUGCAGUGAUUGGCAGCUCCUGCGGCAUUUUGAUACGGACACCCAGGAUCUCACAGGGAUUGAGUGGGCCCCAAACGGCUGUGUGCUGGCAGUGUGGGACACCUGCUUGGAGUACAAGAUUCUGCUGUACUCAUUGGACGGCCGGUUGUUGUCCAUGUACAGCGCUUACGAGUGGUCCCUGGGCAUCAAGUCUGUGGCCUGGAGCCCCAGCAGUCAGUUCCUGGCAGUUGGGAGCUACGAUGGAAAGGUGCGCAUCCUUAAUCACGUGACUUGGAAAAUGAUCACGGAGUUUGGGCAUCCUGCAACCAUCAAUGAUCCCAAGAUAGUGGUGUAUAAGGAGGCCGAGAAGAGCCCACAGCUGGGACUGGGCUGCCUCUCCUUCCCGCCCCCCCGGGCCGGGGCCGGCCCUCUCCCGAGCUCAGAAAGUAAAUAUGAGAUCGCCUCUGUCCCAGUCUCCUUACAGACGCUGAAACCUGUUACCGACAGAGCAAACCCGAAAAUCGGCAUAGGAAUGCUGGCAUUUAGUCCUGACAGCUACUUCCUGGCGACAAGGAACGACAACAUCCCCAAUGCCGUCUGGGUCUGGGACAUUCAGAAGCUGAGGCUGUUCGCGGUGCUCGAGCAGCUGUCCCCAGUGCGCGCGUUUCAGUGGGACCCGCAGCAGCCGAGGCUGGCCAUCUGCACGGGAGGCAGCAGGCUCUACCUGUGGUCCCCAGCGGGCUGCAUGUCGGUGCAGGUGCCUGGGGAAGGCGACUUUGCAGUGCUCUCUCUGUGCUGGCAUUUAAGCGGAGACUCGAUGGCCCUCCUCAGCAAGGAUCACUUCUGCCUCUGCUUCCUGGAGACAGAGGCAGUGGUCGGCACAGCCUGCAGACAGCUGGGCGGCCACACAUAGCAGCGGUGCACUAACGUGUGCAGAAACGGGGCUACUCUGUGUUUCCAGUGUGGGAAAAAACACAGAGCUUCACCAGGAGGUUCUCCACUGUGGUGGUCUGGAUUCAGUGAUUGAUUCUAUUUUUCUAUAGCAAAGCAUUUUUGUAAAUAUGUAUGGUAUAAAACUAGUUUUAUUAUUUAAAAUAAAUACUUGCUGAUUUAUACAA